UGGAAACCCAUUCCCCUUUGCAGGAAUCGCAAUCUAAUUCACCCAAACUACGCUCUUAUAAGCAUCUAAAGAAGCAAUCGGUAUGGGAACCCCUCGAGUUAGAGAAUAGGGACGAGGAUAUCAGUGUAGUACCAUUGUUACCCUCCCAACAGCGUACAUUUCAGCCCGUAAAAGACGACAGCGAUAGAAACCUACAGACGCAGCAAUCUAUGCCUAUUCUCAAUAAAAAGUCUUCGAUAAAGUUUACACCACCCGGACAGACGCGUUUACCUAAUUUGGAUACAACGCCGUCCUCAGAGAAACCGAGUAGACGUAAACAUCAUCAUAAGCGAUCACUCUCUCAUGCUUUCUUUAGUUUCAACGAUCCAACUGUCACAUUGAAUGGCGUAUCAACGGCAAAGGGUAGCGCGCAGACGUCACCAACGAAAUUGCAUUCUAAUUUCGCUAAAGGAAAGCCAUCUAAACCAGCACCACCACUUACAUUCGAAAGGAGUGCUUUUAGUGGUAAGAAAUUGACAUUCACCACUUUCGAAUUCGUUUUAGGUUGCUGGUUAUGGCUCACUGGACAACGCUGUGAUAGCUUAGCAACAACUGGUAUGGGCUAUUUGAUUACAUUCGACGCAAUUUCUUUAUUAUCUAUCAAUGCUUUCGAUUAUUAUCGCACAAUGUCACCAUCACAUAAAUUACCAUUUGGUAUACGUCGAUUAGAAACAUUAUCGUUGUUUACUCAAGUCAUCUAUCUCGUCUUUACAGUAACAUAUCUCGCUAAAGAGUCAAUUGAACAUGCCUUGAUAUCCUCAUCUGAAGACGACUAUGACCAUCAAUAUGGUAUACCAUUUCCAACUCAUUCAAUCCUUCUAUCUGCAUUUUUACCUUACUUUGCCAAUAAAUAUUUCAAUAAUCAUCACGCAUUGGCUACGGUAACAGGCACAUUCUUUUACAACCCUAAACAAAGACGAACAUCGAAGUUCAUGAACAACCCUUUUAGCUUCUUUCUGACUUUAUUCGGUGGCCUACUCUGGCUGACUGAUGAACUAAUCGAACCGCGAUACCAUCACUUCUUCGAUAAGUUCCUAGCUUGUUUACAAACUAUCUCAGUUGGUUGGUUAGUAUACCCUUCACUUAUCUGUCUCGCACGAGUGUUGCUUCAAACAGCACCAAGCUCAGCUUCUAGCCAGAUACUCCGUGAUGCUUUGAAAGAGGUUGGAAGUCAUCCUCGCGUACUACAAAUAGAACUUCCUAGGAUUUUCCAAAUUACGCCUGAAUCGCUGAGUAGAACACUCCUAGAUGAAGACAGCGUGGAUCUCACUCGUUUGAACAAAUCUGGAUCCUCAUUUAUAUCAGUAAAGGUGCUUGUUGACCAUGACACAACAGAUAUUGAGAUAUUCAAUCUCACUCAACUAGCAACCGAAAAUAUUCUCUCACAAUUCACAGCGUCUGGCACGCAAUGUACUAUAGACAUAAGAAGAGCUUAAUAUAUUUAAUUUUACCGAA